GGCUGUCAUAAAGACACCCUCUCCACGUCUCUGUUAGACCUUGUAGUACACUCACCUAGACCUGAGAGGAACUUUCAGUAUAGAACAAGAUUCCAUGUGGACCACUCUUAAAUAAAAACGAGAAACACGAAGAGACACUGGUCAUGUUCACCAAUCAGUCAGAAGAUUCUGAAAGGUGUGAGAGCGCGGAGCUGGAUAAUAAGAUCCUCGGUCUGAUCGAGAGGAACACUUCCGAUCCCAGAGGGGUCAGCCCGGCGGCCACGUCGAGUCAUAGAAAUCCCUGUUCUGUAAAGCCUCCAGGAAAAACAGCUUCUGUGGCACAUUUCUUACAGAGCACAGCUAGAAUGAGCGGUGCAGAAAGUUCUACGGAUCAUGCAGAGUGUGCUCAAUCGUCAAGAAGAAAGAACCUAAAUUCUCUUGAACAAAAGAUAAGAUGUCUGGAAAAGCAGAGAAAAGAGCUCCUGGAAGUUAACCAGCAAUGGGAUCAGCAAUUUAGAAGCAUGAAAGAGUUAUAUGAAAGAAAGGUCGCAGAGCUGAAAUCGAAACUGGAUUCCGCAGAAAGAUUCCUGGGAACACUGGAGAAGGAGCGGCUACAGAGCCCGAGCGAGAGCAGCCAGCCGCGCUGCUGGACCAGCGAGUCGCUGCGGCGUGCGGAGAAGGAAAAGGAGAGCCUAAAUGGAGAAUUACAUGAAUUGAAGAUAGAGAAUAACCUUUUGAAGGAAAAAAAUGCUCUCAUGAACCACAAGAAGCAACAUUAUGAAUGUGAAAUAAAACGCCUCAAUAAGGCUCUGCAGGAUGCCCUGAGAAUGGAGUGCUCUCCGUCUCUUGAGGACUGUUCGGGGAAGUCUGAAGUGGAGUGCAGCCGCGAGGAGAUGCAAACAGAAAUGGAAGUUCUCAAACAGCAGGUGCAAAUAUAUGAAGAAGACUUCAAAAAGGAGCGAUCAGACCGAGAAAGACUUAAUCAAGAAAAAGAGGAGCUACAGCAAAUUAUUCAGACUUCUCAAUCCCAGUUGAACAGGCUGAAUUCUCAGAUAAAAGCUUGUCAGAUGGAGAAAGAAAAACUAGAGAGGCAAGUAAAACAGAUGUAUUUCCCAACCUGUAACUGCGGCUGGAAUUUCCACCUGGGGAAUCCAUACCUACUGAUGGGCCCUGGGACUGUGCAGGACCCACAGAAGCACCCACCAGACUACCAGUGGUAUGCCCCUGACCAGUUUCCGCCAGAUGUGCAGCACAAGGCAAAUGGUCUCCCCUCAGAAAAGAAAGCCAGUCAGUAGAUGCGCACACCGGCAGAGGGGCACACAGGCCGGGGAGAGCUUGGCAGAGGGCCCUCGUCCCCCUGCUUGCUGGGGCUCCUGUCUCCACCGCUGCACACCCCGCCUUCACUACGGGUGCCCAGGCAUGGCUCCCCUUGGCAGGAAUGGAGGACGAGGCUGAGACAGCUGAGAUCCUGAUCGAGUCCAAGGAGCCAGAAUUUACAGCCUAUCACAACUUCCAGUUUCCUGGAAAUGAGAUCAGGCUGAUGAAUUAUGGGUGAUGCCUCGAAACUCUGUUCAGCAUAUUGCUGUUGGACUUUCAGAAAUGAUUUCAUGAUUUCAGCAACUCCAUUUGUGAUGCAGUGAUAUUGUGUGUUGAUUUAAAUGUGUUCCCUAGGGGAAAAGUUUCUGCAGUUAUGAAAUUUUAACACUGCUCCCAUUGUUUUUAUAGGGGCUUAGGUCUUUAGCCAGUUUAUCUAGAUGCUAAUUUCAUGAUUGUUCACCUCAGAGAACCAAUAAACAGAGUUGAAGAGGUGUAUAUACUUUCUUAAAUGGAUUCAACCUGAAGAAAAUAGUAAAUUUGAAACUAUAAACACAAAUCAUUUCUUUAAGAUGAGAAAUUGUAAGCCUACUUCAUUUUUAGGUGGACUAGAUUAUGAAAGAUAAAAUCGUAAUGUGAUGGUGAUGGCUUUGCUGUGUACAUAUGUAUUUAGAGAAGUUCAAAAAUACAUGAAUUUGCAGUUAAAUCUGUUUUCCUUCCUGUGUAUUUGCAUGCUGCUGCUAAGUCACCUCAGUCGUGUCCAACUCUAUGUGACCCCAUAGACGGCAGCCCAUCAGGCUUCCCCUUCCCUGGGAUUCUCCAGGCAAGAACACUGGAGUGGGUUGCCAUUUCCUUCUCCAAAGCAUGAAAGUGAAAAGCGAAAGUGAAGUCACUCAGUUGUGUCCGACUCUUAGCGACCCCAUGGACUGCAGCCCACCAGGCUCCUCCUUCCAUGGGGUUUUCCAGGCAAGAGCACUGGAGUGGGGUGCCAUUGCCUUCUCCAGUGUAUUUGCAUAAUUACUAACAAAAAGCGUAACUCUGUCUUCGCAAACCAAUUAAAAUGGAAAACAGAUGUAUCCAAAUUUUAUUGCAGUUAAAUUAUACAGUUACAUGACAGAUGUCUAAAGAUUGUGCUAAGUCGCUUCAGUCGUGUCUGAUUCUUUGUGACCCCAUGGAUUGCAGCCUGCCAGGCUCCUCUGUCCAUGGGAUUCUCCAGGCAAGAACACUGGAGUGUGCUGCAUUUCCUCCUCCAGGGAAUCUUCCCGACCCAGGGAUCCAGCCCGCAUCUCUUAUGUCUCCUACAUUGGCGGGCAGGUUCUUUACCUCUAACGCCACCUGGGAAGCCCAGAAUUCAAUCCUUUGAGAGCUUUUCAGCAAACACAGAUCAACAAUAUUUACAGGUAUGCUGUUUGCUUAGUGAGUCAGUCAUGUCCGACUCUUUGCGACCCCAUGGACUGUAGCCCAACAGGCUCCUCUGUCCAUGGAGAUUCUCCAGGCAAGAAAACUCGCGUGGGCUGCCAUGCCCUCCUCCAAGGGAUCUUCCCAACCUAGGGAUUGAAACCAGGUCUCCUGAACUGCAAGAGGAUUCUUUACCGUCUGAACCGUCAGGGAAGACUGCCUAAAGAAUAAGCAGAUUUUAAAAUACUAAGUUCAUCCAUUUAAUAAUGAUUCUGCUAGGACCAACUAGAGAUCCUCUUUGUGAGGAGGUGUAAAGCAAGAAUGUGAGGUUCGUGAAUAUCUGUAUUUCUCUAAAUAUCUAAAGAAAACCAGGAGCAUCUGUUGAAGCUGCAGUCAAAUAAAUAAUCCAGAGAUACACCUGGGAGUAUCUAGCUCCAACUUCCAGAUGUUAUUCUGCUUAAUUCCAGCUCAAUCUUCUCU